AGAUGUGCUCAGUUUGACCAUCUAUACAGUCGCAAGAGGAGACAUGCUACUACACGCAGACCUCAGACUGAAGAUGCUGAUGAUGUGGAUUACAGUGAUGCUUUUUAAUAAAAUUGCAGAUUCUGCACAGACAAACUAUGUCAGUCAGCCGAACCCACUGAUCACUGCUGAUGUUGGUGAUAAUGUGACUCUGCACUGCUUUCGACUGGGAGAAGAUAGCUCUGCAGUCAUCUUUUGGUACAAGCAAAAAGCAGGACAUGAGCCAUGUGUAAUGGUUACAGUUCAUCAAGAGCCAAAUUACGAAGAUGAGUUCAAGUCACCAAGAUUCAGUAUCAAGAAAGAACAAAGGAAUUACCAUUUAAAUAUUGCUAAUGUGGAACCAUCAGAUGAAGCCAUGUAUUACUGUGGACUGAGAGACUUUUUAACAAUAUUUGGAAAUGGAACAUUUUUAUCAGUGAAAGGUGAUGGAGAUGUAAAAGUGUCAGUGGUCCAGAGCGGCGUGUCGGACUCGGUUCCUGCAGGAGCGUCAGUGACUCUGCAGUGCUCGGUUCUCUCUGAGAGCAGAUCAGCAGAACUCCAAGUGCUCUGGUUCAGAGCUGCUCCACCACAAUCCCAUCCUCAAAUCAUUUACACUCAUCACAACAGCAGCCAUCAGUGUGAGAGCGGCUCUUCUACACACACCUGUGUGUACAACUUCUCCAAGAACAUUCUCAGUCUCAAUGAUACUGGAACUUACUACUGCGCUGUGGCCGUGUGUGGGAAGAUCAUUUUUGGGAAUGGGACACGAGUACAACGGGAGAGAUCUGUGGACCCUGUAGUGAUCUACCUCGCUGUAGCUUUGGGAGUGUGUGUGGUCGUGAUCUUUGCUUUGAUCUUUCUCAUAACCUGUAAAGGACAAAACAGAGUGAGACUAAAACAAGGUUUUGUGACCGACAAGACCCUCAAUCAGGACUGUGACAAUGUGGAGCUGAAUUACGCUGCCUUACAUUUCAAUGAGACGAGAGCCAAAAGAGGACGAAUGAAGAAACAACAACCUCAAGAUGUUAUAUAUUCUGAUGUGCGAGGUCUUUCUGUAACUUAGAUUUGAUCUCUAAUCUGAUUCAAUGUCAUUAGUUCUGUUGUCAGGUUUCAUUUGGACUGUAUAUGUGUUUUUGUUAAUGAUUGUUUGGGCUGAAUGUAAACUGAAUGCAAACUGAAAGAUCUAGAAGUCUCAAAAUCACUGGAACACUGGAACACUGUGGUUCAGUCAAGGAGUGACAUGAGAGAGCAGUUUAAUACAUUGUUAAGGGUGUGACAAAAUAAAAGCCCUGCCUCUGAAGCGGUCUUGUGAAUUGUACUAUUGGGAAUCUGGCACAAAAUAUCAACACAAACUGAAAUUGUUACGACUGGCGAAGCCGCUGUGCCUCUUUCAUCCAAUAUCAUAAAUGACCCGCAGUUCAGAGAGUGCAGAUGAACCUUAUUUAGAAUCAUGCGAGACAAUUCUGGUAGGAAAUUAUACGAAAUCAUCCCGAUGACAGACUUUGGCUCAGGCAUUUCAGAAUGACAAAAAAAAAAAAAAAACAUUUAAGAUUCUGUGCAACUAGAUUGGUCUGCUGGUUAGUCCAGUUACGCUGACCCACUGCCCCCCAAGUUCCCACAGAAAAAUGCAUUGCCAUUGAGCUGUACAAGUUAGCCACGUGCACUGAAUAUCCAAUCCCAUCAACCAAUUAUCCAAUCACAUGAUUUGUUGAGGCAAAUUGACAAAUUUUCAAGGAAUUUAUUCAGUAAAUGUGUUGCCAUCGUAGUCAAUGCGCAUGUCUUCUUAUCGAAUUAAAACAUUAUCUACCUAAAGUGAGCAAGUUUUUUUAUGCACAUUUUCAAGAUUUUAUUCACAUCUGGUGUUUCCAUCCAAAUGGAUUAAUAACCUUUUUUUUUU